AUUACGGCCACAUCGUCUGACAGCAUUCCUCUCGCAUCGUCUGAUACCAUUACAGUCACAUCAUCUGACUCUGACACAAUUACGGCCACAUCGUCUGACAGCAUUCCUCUCGCAUCUUCUGAUACCAUUGAUACCAUUAUAGUAACAUCUUCUGACACAAUUACGGCUACAUCUUCUGAUACAAUUACAUCAUAA